UGUGUAGUCCAACCAAGUCCAACAUGUGCAGCGACUAUUUUACUCUAUAUCAGCUAUCUGAGCUAUCAGCAUUCAGCUAUCUCUAGUCUAUGAAUGAAAAUUGAAAUGGCCGCGGCGUAAGUUUAUUAUGUUUAGCGUGAUAAUAUUGUGAAAUAAAUAGAUCCAAUCAUCAAAAUGGGUACCUUUACGAAAUUCGUAUCGGACUAUUGUAAAGCCUGGGAAAAAUUGGGUCGAGAACAAUUCUUAAAAUCAGUCCAACAGUUUAUUAAAGAUGAAGCAAAGAGUCCUUUAUUUUCAAAAUCGGAUAAGCUAUCAGGGUUAUCUCAAAAUAUAUAUGACUUGCUACUUUGUGGCCUUCGAGGACUCCUCAAAAAAGAUUCAGUUAUAUCUGUUCUUAGAGAAAUAAUAGUUUUACAUUCAGACAUACCUUCUAUACUACUGGAUGUUGUGUGUGUGUUAGACGCAGAAACAUCUCUAGAUGUGCAAAGUGAAGAACGGAGUAACUUUUGUUACCUAGUUCGAGAGUUAGAAUCUUUUAUAUCUGACAAGUUAUUGAAGGAACGCUUAGAGAUUGACACACUACAAGAUGUUGGUACUCUGAAAAAUAAAAAUUUCUACACAAAGUUUAUUAAAAUCAAAACUAAAUUAUAUUACAAACAACGUAAAUUUAAUUUAUUUAGGGAAGAAAGCGAAGGUUAUUCUAAGCUUAUAGUAGAGUUGAAUCAAGAAAUAUCAGAAAACACAGAAUGGAAAACACUUCUAGAAAUUAUUCAAUCUCUCAUAGGUUGUUUCAAUUUGGACCCAAACAGAGUCCUAGACAUUAUCUUGGAGUCGUUUGAAGCUCGCCCACAUUUGGAUAAAUUAUUUAUUUCACUUAUAAAGAAUUACAUGGCUGAUCCACAAGUGAUAAGUGAAGUGUUAGGUUUUAAACUUGGUAACAUGGAAGUUUUAGAAAGUUAUAAAGAACCGCCAGCUUUAAUGACCAUCAUAGCUUUACUUUUGCAGUAUCAAGUUAUAUCACUUGAUGACAUUUAUCCCUGGCUACGUCCAGAUGACACAAUCAUGGCUAGAGAAGCAGAAAAAGAACACAAGGCAGUUCAAGACUUCAUACGUAAGAUUAAUAUUGUGUCUACUAAAGGACCUCAAAGUAAUGCGCCUGCGGAAUUCAUUGAAGAGAAAGCUGAUCCACAGGAGUAUUGGAGUAACCAAAAGCUGGUGCUAUGUGAAGCGCUAUUAAAAGUGACAGCAUGGAAGGAAUUUGCAGCUCUGUCUGCUCGCUUGCCGAUCACAAGUGUCGCCCCGAGACCAGCGGUGGCUCUUUGCAGCAUGUUGCAUGCAUUGGUGGAGCCACUUUACAGAAAAAACUGCCGCAUUGGUCCUAAAAUAAUAGGAAAGCCUACACCUCCACUAAAAUCGCCCCUUGCACCGAAAGCUUGCAAGACCUUUGAAAGCAUGAAGGAAACUGUUAUACCAGCUCUUGUACUCCUGGGCCCAUCUCUUCACCAUGAUGCAAUUUUAAUGUAUAAGAUAAUCCGCAUUCUGAGAACAGCACGCUCAUUGGAUGGAGACCCACUGUAUUAUGAAGCACUAACAGUGCUAGACACUGCUAUCCUGCCUGCUCUUACAUUGAUGGAGGGCAACUGUUGCAUGGCAGAGGAGGUUUAUACAUUGCUCAAGUUAUACCCCUACCAAUGCAGAUAUUGUCUUUAUGCACGCUGGAAAAACGAAUCCGGCGAACGGAUACCGCUGCUGAUGCGUGUGAGAGGAAACGCUUUGCAGCGCAUUAAACACAUUAUGAAACGUGUCUCUAAGGAAAACAUCAAGCCCCAAGGCCGUCUUAUUGGCAAGCUGUCGCAUGCCGCGCCUGCGUUCCUUUUUGACUACAUCCUUUUGCAGAUUCAAUCAUAUGACAAUCUGAUAGGGCCAGUAGUGGAGUCUCUAAAAUAUCUGACUUCACUGUCACUGGACGUGCUGGGCUACUGCCUCGUGGAGGCGCUGGCGUCGCGGCGCGGCACGGCCGGCGCGGCGCACCCGCCCGCGCUGCAAGCGCUCGCUGCGUUCUCCGCCGCCGCAUUCAAGAAACACAAUAUAGAACUUACUGCGCUGCUGCAGUUCGUUGCGAAUAGGCUUAAAGCGCAGCAAAGUCACGAUUUGCUAAUUUUAAAAGAAAUAGUACAAAAAAUGGCGGGCAUAGAAGCCGCUGAGGAAAUGACGCCGGAGCAACUGGACGCCAUGGCCGGGGGAGAGUUGCUCAAAGGAGAGGCGGGCUACUUCUCCCAAGUUCGCAAUACAAGACGAUCAUCAGCGAGAUUAAAAGAAGCAAUUGUUGGAAAUAAUUUGGAUAUUGCGCUUUGUAUAUUGUCCGCACAGCAACGCCAUUGUUGUGUUUGGAAAGAAUACGCAGAAGAUGCCCCCAGUACAGGAGAGCCGCCAGGGUCACAGCUGAAGGUGGUGGGUCGCCUCGCAGACCAGUGCCAGGAUGCGCUCGUGCAACUGGGUACCUUCCUCGCCUCCUCGCAUGCACCUGAGGAGUACGCAGCCAGACUGCCGGCGCUGCAGGAAUUACUUCGUGACUAUCACGUGGACGCUGACGUGGCGUUCUUUUUGCAUCGCCCAGUGUUGGCGCAGAAAAUCGCAGGGAAAGCGGAAGCUUUGCGUAAAGGCUCUGAUAGUAAAAGUGAAUCUUUGGAGAAGAGUAUUGAAAGAUAUAUCAUCGCGUCAAAGGAGGCGUUAGAGCCGAUUGUCAUUUCAGUAACGCCUCUUCUGCCUUCGAGGGUGUGGGAAGACAUUUCUCCGGAAUUUUACGUUACGUUUUGGUCUCUAUCUAUGUACGACCUCAGAGUUCCUGUAGAAAGCUAUGAAAGAGAAGUGGACCGCCUCAAAACUGCUGCCGCAAAUGCAGCUAAAGAUACAUCUCAAGGAUCAAAAGGAAAGAAAGAACAAGAGCGUUUUAAUACUCUUGUUGACAAACUACAGGAGGAACGUCGCCGCCAAGAGGAGCACGUGUCUCGCGUGCGUGCGCGCCUGCAGCGGGAGUGCGGCGGCUGGUUCCCCGCGCGCGCCGCCAAGUCCGCCAAGAACGAGACCGUGACGCGCCUCAUGCAGCUGUGCCUGUUCCCGCGCUGCGUGUUCACGGCGCCCGACGCGCUCUACUGCGCCGAGUUCGUGCACACCGUGCACGCGCUCAAGACGCCCAACUUCUCCACGCUGCUGUGCUACGACAGGCUGUUCUGCGACAUCGCGUACUCGGUGAUGUCGUGCACGGAGGGCGAGGCGGCGCGCUACGGGCAGUUCCUGUGCCGCGUGCUGCGGACCGCCAUGCGCUGGCACGCCGACCGCGCCGCCUUCCACGCCGAGUGCGCGCACUACCCGGGCUUCGUCACCAAGUAUCGCGUGUCCAACCAGUUCACCGAGGCCAACGACCAUGUCGGAUACGAGAACUACCGGCAUGUGUGCCACAAAUGGCACUACAAGAUCACCAAGGCGAUGGUGGUAUGCCUGGACUCGGGCGACUACGUGCAGAUCCGCAACGCGCUGAUCGUGCUGAUCCGCGUGCUGCCGCACUUCCCCGUACUCGCCAAGCUGGCGCAGAUUAUUGAGCGGAAGGUGGAAAAGGUGAAAGAAGAGGAAAAAUUGCAUCGGCAAGAUCUGUACGUGCUCGCGACCGGGUACAGCGGCCAGCUGCGGAACAAGGUGCCGCACAUGAUGAAGGAGAGCGAUUUCCAUCAGAUCGUCAAUUUGCAGGUGGGGACACCGCCCAAAGCCGCGGCUGCGGGCGCGGCGGGCGGCGCGGCGGCGGGCGCGGCCGGCGCGGGGCCCAGCGCGGCGCCGCGAGACGAGCCCAAGCGCGAGCGAGGGGAAUCUACAUCGCCGCCGCGUCCCACACAUCACUCUGAUAUAGAGAAGAGGGAGUUGCGGACGAGUGAAAGACGUCGAGAUGAAUCUGAUCGCGACAAAGAGUCUAAACGUGAAUCUAGAUCGACGUUAAAAGAGAGAGUUAAAGAGGAGAUAAAGACAGAGAGAAAUAAAGACAGGUCGCCAAGAGAAAGAACACAUAGAGAGGAACGUUACUUGGAGACAGUUUCACCGCCUCACGAUCACCGUCACCCGUCCGAUGAAAUAGAGCGUGAUGUGAAACGUCGUAAAGUAGAAAGCAGCGGCAAUGGCAAGGGUAAUAAAGAAAUAGAAGAGCGUUCCCCAGAAAAAGAAAAGAGAAAGGCUAAACUGAGGGGUGACGAAAGGAAAGAGCGUAAAAUUAAUCGCAAACGGGACCGAGCUGAAGAAUCUAUUUUAUUGGAACAAAAAAGACGCCGUGAAGAGCAAAAAGUUGUCGCAAAGGUGAGUGGUCAUCAAAACGGUUCACAAGAAGAUCAUCACUAUGAAAAAUAUCACAAAAGGGAAAAAUCACCGUUUCGAGAUCGUUCACAUGAAGAGUCGAGAGAAAAACAAUAUCCUUUUUAUUGAGCUUUAACUAAAAAUUAAAUUGAAAAAACGGGGUCUCUGAAUUGACCUAGGUGGAUUUGUAUAUCUGUCACAGCGAAAUGGCAUAAGCAGGGAGUUAGCCAACUCCCUUAGUGAUAUGGCUAACGCCCGGGAGAUGUCAAACGGCUGCGGCCGGGCACAUGAAUAUUUAUGUUCUAAUCUAAUUUAAUGAAUGAAUGAAUACACUAUUAUUGUACACCACAAAAUUAGUAAGUACAGAAAAACACAUACAAAGCACAACAAAAUAUACGUACAAUUUGGCGGCCUUAUCGCUACCUAGCGAUCUAUUCCAGGCAACCAAACGAUAAAAAUAUUAAUAUUUAUUUGUACUCUUAUAAAACCUUUUCAGGUCGCUAAAUGAUUGAAUUGGAAGGAAAUAAGUUGAUUCAUGCAAAAAAGGAAAUAUGUAUUGUUUUGUUCUUUUGUCUAAUAAGCUAGAAUUUUUCCUAUCAGGAAAUAAAGAUUAAAGUGAGCAAACAAAGUAGAAGUAAACAAGUUUUUUUGAAUUAAUUAUUAUGUCUUACCAAUAUGUCAAUAAAAGCCCAAAAAUAAGGUAAUGUCGUUUGGUAGAAUUUUCAGACGAUUAAUGGUUCAUUUCCUUAAUAUUGCUAUACCAGACGGUCAAACGAGGCGAAAAUUCGAAGAUAAGUUUGAGAAGACUACUUUUUAACUAAAGAAAACAGCAU